AUGCAAACACAAGUACAUGAGGGGUUGUGUGAAAAUUAUUUUGCUGAAGUACAAAGACGUAGAAUCAAAUUGCUUCUUUUGGACAUACUGGCUUUUCUUCUUCUCUGUCUUGUGGAUAUUAUGGCUAAUAACACAACAACUUUAGAAAUUUCAUGGCCAGAAAAAUUUUGGGAGAAUCUGAUAACCGCCUUCACAGUCUCCAUGGCAAUCGGGCUGGUCAUCGGCGGGCUCCUCUGGGCGCUGCUGGUGUGUCUGGCUCGAAGAAGAGCCAGUGCGCCCAUCUCGCAGUGGAGCUCCAGCCGCCGGUCGCGGGCCGCCCACGGCCACGGGCUCAGGACUGGAUUUUACCGCCAAAGCGGCUGUGAGCGGCGCAGCAACCUCAGCCUGGCCAGCCUCACCUUUCAACGCCAAGCUUCCAUGGAACUGGCCAACUCCUUCCCAAGAAAGCCAAGUUUCAGGGGUUCCACUUUCCACCCGUUUCUGCAGUGUCCCCCGCUCCACGUGGAAACGGACAGUCAGCUGGUGACCCUGCCAGCGCCCAGCUCCUCCGCGCCCGCGGGCACUGCCCAAGGCCCGGCCUGGCCGGACCUCCCGUGGGCCAGCCUGGCCCAGCCAGCCCCGCCGGCCUACGAGUCCAUCAUCAAGGCCUUUCCAGACUCCUGAGCUCUGCUUUGGUGUUUUCUCUUUUUGUCUUUCAAUGAAAGGAAAUCAUGAAUAGACUAAGCAGCAUUUAGAAGGCAUGGCCCACAUGACAAUGAGUUUCUCAGUUGAAUUCUCUCAAAAGCUGGGCUUUUACAAUAUAAGAUGUAUUUUCUUUAAACACGUUUCUCUCCAUAUGCCUCACAAAAAGGGAAUUUUCUAAAAUUGUUACAUAUUUAUACAUUUUGUGUUCAAGGUUAGGCUUAUUAAAGAUAGUGAUUCUAAUCUAGGAGUUAGCUAUGAUGCAGUGCAUGUGUUUUAGAUAAAAACUUGAGAUAUUUGUGCUUUACACCCUUCAUUUUUCAAUGUGACUGUAAAGAGAAAAAAGUCAAAAUCUAAGGUAUUGUAAUUUUACUUUCUUCUGCAUGAGAGUUGAAUCAUAUGGCUUCAUAUGGCCACAAAAUGCAAAAACACAGGAGUCCCUAAAGUUCCUCGAGUUCACUCAUCUAUGAGAAGUUAUGAAUCAAGGAAGCUGAACUCUGUUAAUGUGGUAGGGUGCUUUGAUAGGUUUUUUAGUUUGGUUUUUCAGAUAGACUCCUUUUAGUUUUUUCCCCCAAAAUAAUUAUGGACAUCACUGAAGUAAAAUCUGUGGGUUUUAACAGGAAGAUUUAAUUUUUCCUCAUUAUUGUAGUGAUGUCAUUACAAAAACAACAUCACAUCCACUUCAUUUGACCUGAAAACAAAGUUUGGUUUAACAUCAAGCUCAUAGUUCUCUUAAGGGGCCAAUUUGCUUUCUUAGAUUUAGAGCUAGCAACAGGAAAAGUCCUGGAUCUAGGGAUCUUGUCAUGUAACUUUCCAGACAAAUAAAGAUGGGUCACUGGAGAGAAAGCCUGUCAUAGACAUCCAUGUUAAACGAUGGGGAAUCCUCCUGGACUACCAGGCUCCAUCCCUUGCGUGCUCUCUCUGAAUUUCAAUCUCAUCUUCUCUGAAGUCUGUCCAGUGAUUAAAUCAUGUCAUGUGGUCAUUGUGCAGAUAGGUAUUUAAGGAGUUCACAGGUAUGCACCAGAUGUCAGUGGCUGCCCUUUGUAUUUAAGGACAGGAGUUCACUGGAGUAUUAUUCAAAAUUCCUGUGGUUCAUUUCUUGAUAUACCAAAUAUUUAGUUUGUUUGUUUGUAUACUUCUCAGAAUGUUGGGAUUUCCCAGUGAAAAAAACUUACUCUCAUUUUAGGUUCUGUGGCUCAGUGAUCCCAGCUAAUGGUGUCUGAACAGUGCUCAAGAAUAUAAAAUUUUUGAUCAAGAUGCAAUAUGUAUAUGUGCCAAUUCUCUAUGAUGAAUGUAUUUAUUAUGUAUUACAAACAUAUAUUAAUAAAACAAAAAUUUUUACAUAAGGUGAUUCUAUAUAGCAUUUUCAUUAUUAAUGUCAUAUAUCUUACACUAUCCAUUGUUCUUCAAGAGAAAUUAUUCUGUAUUAUACCCAUUAAAAGUUCUCUAAGUACAUGAGAAAGGAAGGAAAGAAAGAAGGAAGAAAGCAAAAAGAAAAGCUAACAAGACAAUCAAUCUGAUGUAGGUUGGUUUUUAAAUAAGGAAAUAUAGAAAUUGUAACAUAGCCAAGUAAGAUUUCAGGAGAGCUUUAACUUAAUAACAAGGCUAUUUUUAACUUGCAUGUCAUUCUUAAUGUUUAACAAGAAAUAAGCAAAUUAUAUUUUUUUCUAGAAUUUGUAAUGAUGGGUAAAAACUGCUUCAAAAUGAGGGAAAUGAGAGCAGAAACUCUCUAGUGUGUUAAAUUAUCUGGCAAAAUUGUUGCCUGCUGCCUAACACUAGUUGCAAAACAAUCAAAAUGAGUAUCUUAUAAAUAUUGUGCAGUUUAUGAAAUGUGAAAUUAGAGCAAAAACUUUAGUUGUAUUUGUUUUAUUUGCAAUGCUUUAUUAUUAAAUUUAAAUUAAUGUCAAUUUUGAUUCCAUUUAUUAAGUAAUAAAAACACCUCUAAAAAGCAAAAAGAAAAACUGUAAAACUAAUAUAUGAGUAAAAAAACAAUUCAGAUGAAGAAACAUUGUACUAUGGAGUUUUGAACUUAUUAAAAUUCAUUGGAAAUAAAAGUCUGCUAAACCA